AUGUUGCAUUGGCAGGACACGCUGGAGCUGGCAGACUUGCCCCUGCAGAAGGGCUCCGUGGAGCUCCUCAAGCAAAGAUGGGAGUCUGCCAAUGCUGUGAGACCUCGCCUGAUGCUCCAGUGCUCAUCAGCCCCAAUGUCCCUGGUGCUGAAUAAGAUGAGCUGCAGCAGCACCAAGGAGAAAGUGCCAGCAGACAGCAGGAGGACAGACAUGUCCAAGGAGGAGACCCUAGCAAGCCCUCAGCAGACUGAACAUUUCCCCAUUACCGUGGAGGAGCUGCGGAGCCACUUUGAGGCCCUGGGUGGCAAGAAGGAAGCAGAAAAUGAAAGAAGUUCACAUUCACUGACAUCAAAGAGUCAGCCUGGGAGCCAUUCCACCAGUACUCCAAAGGAGUCUAGUGUGAAAAGAGGGAGAGCAAUCUUUGAAAAGAUGUCAUCAGAAAAUGGCCUCAGCAGGCUGUUUGAAAUAUUUACAGUGGGUUCUCACAAACGUGUAAGAGGACUAUUUAAAGAGAGUGCUUCCAGGGCUGAUAACGCACUGCUGGAUGUCCAGGAAACUGUCUCCUUGAAAGAAAGGAUGGCUAUGUACAAGGCUGCUGUGUUCGAGAUAGAGGGUAGCAACUCCUUUGCUCAUACUUCAGAGAAAACCAAGUUCUGUACUGUGCCUGGUGGCCUGGCAGCAGUGAGGAAACAAUUCGAGAAAGUGCGGACGAUGUCUUCACGAAAGACCUUUGCUCUGUACCAGCACAAAUCUGUACAGGAAAAGUUAAGUAGGAGUCAAAAUACCGUAUCAAGGAGCACCAGGGAAGCUGAGAGCAAUGAAAUAACCUCCAAAGAAAGUCAAAUGGAAGCCUCUCAAACACAAAAGGCUUCUCAUCGUGAGCAAGUUACUCCAGGGACAAAAAUGGCUUCCACAUGGAGUCAGAAUACUGAUGAAACAGUAAUCAAUGCAGCUCAGGACGAAGAGCUCCCAAAGACUGUAACACAGAUUUUAAAACAGCAGAUUGAAAGGACAGUUCAGGAAACAGCUGUUCACUCUGACAGAGAGACUGCAACACCUGCAAAAGAAGUAAAGAAACUGCAGAUUCAGGAAAACGAAACGUGCAGACUCUGUCAACAGAGAGUUUACCCAAUGGAGUGCCUAGUUGCUGACAAGCAGAAUUUUCAUAAAUCAUGUUUCCGAUGUUACCACUGUGGCAGUCAAUUAAGCUUGGGAAAUUAUGCAUCUCUCCAUGGAAAAAUAUACUGUAAACCCCAUUUUAAGCAACUUUUCAAGUCAAAAGGAAAUUACGAUGAAGGCUUUGGACACAAGCAGCAUAAAGAACUAUGGAAUUCUAAAGAGCGAUGUAGCUCAGCUGGCAAUACUCAUGCUGAAGAAACAAAUCCCAUUAGUAGUAUACCUGUUGAUCCUAAACCAAUUACAGACAUUGAUCAAGACUUGUACUCAGGUACUGAUGGUUCACUACCUGAUAUUUUGGAUAGGAAUUUGAAAAAAAACACAGAAAGGGGUAAACUAAAGCUGACAUGGCCUCCUUCAACAGGUGAGGUAACACCUAAGAAAACAUUUUCUAUUGAAGAAGUGGCUAAAGUAAAUAAGCCGAAGUGGCCCCCCGAAGGUUUUGCUCAAGAAGGUUCUAAUUUAAAUACAUAUAAACCUCUGGGCAAUAAAAAGGAUCCUCAGAAAGAAAAUGCUGUGAGCAAGCAAAAUAAAAAUGACACUGCAAAUGCACAACAAAAUCAACACUCAUCCUUCAGUGCUCUGUCUGAAAAUGAAGCCACAAAUACCUCUAAAGCAAAGAAAAAUGAAGCAGGCAAUAAGGGAAAAGAGGAGGAAGCUGGGAAUGUGCAAGAUAAGUGGAAUAAAACAGGAGGAUCACAGAAUAUGGAGGAAAGUGGGAAGGAUUUUAAUGGAAGUGAUAAAGUGAUUGUGUAUGCUGCUGGGAAGGAGCAAGAGAAAAAAAUAAAUGAAACUGAUGGUUCGGAAGUUGUACAGGUUACUAACAUUGAUGAUGUAACAGUACAAAAGAAUCACAAAGAAUUCAGCUUAAAUAACAAUAACAAUUAUGCCACUUUUUCACACCUAAAUUUCAGGCAAGAAACAACCCUCUCAGCUACAGCUAACCCAAUGACAGCAUUAAGCCAUGCAAUUUGCACGGUAUCGCAGCAUGCCUUUACAAAGCUGGAAAAUCAGUCUGGAAAUGAAGAAGUAUUUGAGAUGUAUGAAUCUCAAGAGAGCUAUUGUAGUGAUACUGUAACUGUUUCACAGGAUGAACAAAACUCAAAAGAUGAAGAUGCUGUUACCUCUAAUAAUCUUGCUCAAUUUAAUAAAGAUGCCACUUGUCAGAAGUCUCAUAUUAGUACAUUAAAGGAGGCAACUAAUACAACAUUGCCUGUUGAUAUGGAGUUGGCAUGCACUGGAGAAGAAUCAAAAUGUGACAAAAACUUAAACACUAUUUUUUUAUUUGACACUCUGAAAACACCUUUCCUUAAAAAAAAGCCCAACAACCUGGAUUUAGACUGUGGUUGA